GUGGUAAUCAUUAAUUUACUAAACGGCGUCGUAUAGGGUCCGAUAAGUACUGUGUGCGUUACGGGGGCCAGAUUACGUUGCUAUUCUCGGUCGUCUUCUCCAGCAAAGCGUCGAGUUUCUCCCUCGAACCCUGAGAACCCAAAUACCUGAUUACCCGGACCCCGAAAAUUCGAAUCUGGAACCGAGAUGGAGCGACGACAGAGACGUCGGAGCGCCAAGAUCUGCAUGGUGAUAGGUUUUCUCUUCACCUUGCUCGGCAAUCUCUCAGCUCUCUCCGUCACUGUACAAGACGUUGAAUGCGUCUACGAGUACGUUCUAUAUGAAGGCGACUCCGUCUCUGGAAACUUCGUGGUCGUCGAUCACGACAUCUUCUGGAGCUCCGACCACCCUGGCAUCGAUUUAACCGUAACCUCUCCUGGGGGCAAUGUGGUGCACUCUUUGAAGGGAACAUCUGGGGAUAAGUUCAAUUUUAAGGCCCCAAGAAGUGGAAUGUACAAGUUCUGCUUCCAUAAUCCUUAUUCAACACCGGAGACCGUCUCUUUCUACAUACAUGUUGGCCAUAUUCCCAAUGAACAUGACCUUGCCAAAGAUGAACAUUUGGACCCUAUUAAUGUUAAAAUUGCUGAGCUGAGAGAGGCAUUGGAGUCUGUUACAGCGGAGCAGAAAUACUUGAAAGCGCGUGAUACUCGCCAUCGUCAUACAAACGAGAGCACUCAGAAACGCGUUUUGUUUUACACGAUUGCGGAGUACAUUUUACUGGCAGCUGCAAGUGGACUUCAAGUAGUUUACAUCCGCCGCCUGUUCAGCAAGUCGGUUGCAUACAACCGGGUUUGAGUUUCGGGUACCUGACCAGUUGCAGUGUAUGGCCUCCCUAAUAGCUAGCCUGAUGUUCAAUCUGAGGGAUGAAUUUAUAGAAACAUGCCGUGUGUGUAACACUACACUUAUGCAGUGGGCUCAUAUUUAUUUUCUGUCUCAUUUACAGCUUUUGAUUUCUUUAUAGAGGAAGGUUUAGGUCCUUCAAUUGUGAGUUGUGAGCCACCCCCUUUGAAUUUGAGAAAUGAAUUCUUGAUAUGGGAAAAAAACGUAAUGCAUUUUGAGUUGCAGGAAUUGAGCAGCCCUUGAAAUCAA